AUGCAACCCCUAAACCCCUUCCUCAGUGCCUUCUCCAAGAGCUCUGCCCUCCUCGCCCAGUGCCAGCCGCCCCAGCACCACGUCUUGCUGGUACCGACCGCCGAUGUCCUGCUCAACAGUCGCGACCCGGAUUCGGGAGCGCCGCUUGUGGCCUCCAUAGUUGAGAAUGAUUUUUUGGCGAGUCAUAUAUUGAGGAUAGUGCCGCCGAAGGGUGGUGGGCAGCAGCAGGCCGGCGGAGGGGGAGGGGGAAAGGAUGAUGCUGCGGCUGCGCAGGGGGGACAGCAGCAGAAUUUGCGCGAGAUGAGAGGGAAACCGAGACUGUAUGCCACGAUUAAUGGGAGGAGUUUGGUGAUCAAGGAUAGUACGGUGUUUACGAAUAAGGGCUUCAAAAACCUCGCCCAAGCAACCCUCCUCCACGACGUCAUCUGGUACCCCGACACGCUCGAUCCGCGCCCCUUCCUGGUCUACUACAUCUCGCGCCCGCUCGUAGGAACAUGGGUCGAAGUCAAAAUCCCCCCGGCCAUACUACCCCCUCCUUCUUCCAAGGGCAUUGCAGAACCUGCCCGGCUCCCGGCCAAACCACCCGGCAACCGCCAGCAGAGCAACCCUCCUAAGAAAAAAGACGUCAAAAGCUUCCACGAGCUCCUCAACCACUUCCCUGCCAUCGCCAAACAGAUGCAGUCCGGCCUCGAAAAGCUCUUCCGCGAAUUCACCCUCGUCUUCGAGCGUCCCUUACCCCCGCCCCCCUCAGCACCCGAAAUCCCGGACCCCGAACCCGACGGACCGAUUUCGAGGGCAGUAAAGCGCGCGAGGUCCCUCAGCGACGCCCGAUAUGAUCCGUCUAAGGCGGCAGCCGUUUCUCCCUCGAGUGAUCUAGAUGAUCCUCCUAUUCCAAUUCCAGAUAAACCGCCAGAAGAUGAUGAAACCGUGAUGCGCACGGCCUUGGAGACGGCCGUCAUGGCGGCGAUUGACCUAUUCCAGAGCGUCGACCGCAACCAGCUUGCUCAUCUGGGGCAGACGACGGAUCUGACGGGUCCCGUGGUGGAAAGGCUUAUCGAGAGGUACAUCGCGGAGAAUGUGCACCAUUUCCUGUUCCCGCGCCUAGCGGCGCUUCGGAGACAGGAGGAUCUGGAGCUAGAGGCGAAGAUCAGGCAGAUGGAUCACAUUGAUAUUGCGCAGCUCGGGGUGGUGAUUGAGGGGGGCAGUCGGGCGAAGAGGGCGGCAGUUUCUAGGCUGCAGAGGGCAGUCGAGGAGUUUAGACGCCUGCCCAACGCCAGCUGUCCGCAGGAGAUGAUGGAGAUUUUGCUGGCGACGGUGAAGGCGGCUACACAACUCACGGAUGUCCCGCCGCAACCGCCGUCGGAUGUCCAACAGGGACCGACGUCGUCGGAAAAGCCGGUCAUGACGAUAAACGCGGACACAUUAGUGUCGUUGCUGCUCUACAUCGUCAUCAAAGCGCAGGUGAAGCACCUACAGGCGCGCCUAGCCUACAUCCGCAACUUCAUCUUCAUCGAUGAUAUCGAGAGCGGCGAGAUGGGGUAUGCGCUCAGCACGUUCGAGGCCGUGCUCUCGUAUCUGGAUCGGGAAUCGGGGGGGCUGAGAAGGGCGAGCCGGAGGAAUAAGGCGCUCUGGGAUGCCACGGCAAGGGGAGAUCUCAAAGAGUUGAGGAGGAUUAUGGAGCCGAAUGAUGAUGUGGUGGAUGAUGGGGAUGGGGAUGAGGACAAGGGGUGGGGGUCAGAGUCAACUGAGGUGAAUAGGUCGUCGGCGAGUUUGACACUGUCGGAGAGGUUUAGCCUGGGAUCAGGGCUGGGGCAUGUGUUUCCUUUUGUGGAGAAUGGAAUGACGGAGGAGUCGGGGGGUGAUGGGGAUGGCGAGACUCAACAACAACAACAACAACAACAACAACAACAGCAGCAGCAGCAGCAGCAGCAGCAGCAGCAGCCGAUGAAAAGGCCCAAAAAAGUGGUCAUGGAUACUAGGAGUAUGUCCAGCGGGUCGGAAAUCUCGUUCCGGUCCAUGCCGCUGAGUGUUGGGACGUUUAGUGGGAUGGAGGGGGACACGUCAAUUGAGCGGCUGUCGCAGACGCACGAUGCGUUUGGCGAGUCGGUGCCGAUGAUGGCGAUACAGAAUCGUCAGCCGGAGGCGCUGAGGUAUCUACUCUCGCUGAGCCAGUACUACUCCGCGGAAGCGAUCCUCGAGGACCGAAACAACGAGGGCACGACGCUCUUCAGUGCGGCGGUGCAGCUUGGCGACGAGACGAUUGUCGAGACCAUCCUGGACUUCUUGCUAGCGCGCGUCGACGACGACAAACUCCGCGAGUACUUCGCCAUCCAGGACACCUGGGGCCGCAGCGCCGCGCACUACCUGUUCCACGCGCCCUUCCUGAUCCGCCGCAUCGGGCACAUGCUUCCGUGGCGGCAGAAGGAUCGCAAUGGGCAAACGCCGCUGUUUGCGUUGUGUCGCUCGUAUGAUCAUCCCAACUAUAGUACUAUGGUGGAGGAGGCGCUCGAGGCGGCGACAAAGACGCAGGGCGAUGGACAACCGCUGCAUCUGGAUCAUCAUGUCGAUAUCAAGGGAAAUACGCUGCUGCAUAUUAUUAACGAUGCGGCGUUGGCGGCUAGGAUCCUGCAGCAGUGUGAUGUGGAUGUCAAUGCCGUCAACGAGAAGAAGUUUACGGCGCUGAUGCUGGCGGCCAAGUACGGUCGGUUUGAUAUGGUUCGGGUACUCUUCAGCGAUCCCCGCGUUGACACCGCUGCGCGCGAACUGCGCGGCCUGACGGCCGUUGAACUGGCUAAGGAUGAUGACCUCCGCAACAAGAUGGACGAUCUGACGCUGUUCAUGCUCACGCCGCCGCCGAUUCCGCCGCCCACGGCGGCCAUGGCUACGGCUGGAGAUAAGAGGACGGCUGACGAGCUUGCGAGUCGGACGACGGGCGUGGUGAGGGCUUUUUUCGUGGAGGAUGCGACGGUCAGGUUUGUGGUCAAGUCGGGCGCCCCGCUGGAUAGUAAUUCCUACGCGGUGACGACGUGCAGAAGGUCGUUGGGGGAUUUUGAGCAUUUAGCUAGGCUGCUGCAGAUGGAGAACCCUGCGUCAUGGAUCCCGUCGCUGGCGGACCUCAGAUCGCCGGUGCAGAUCCCCAGUCGCCCGAGCAGGGCGGUGCUGAGGGAUUUGCAGGUGAGGAUGGAUUGGUUUCUGAGGGUUCUCCUGGCGCAUCCGACGUUUGCGACGCACGAGAUGCUGUGGGAGUUUUUCCUCGUUCCGGAUCUUCAGCUCGAUAUGAUGGCUGAGAGGUCCAGGCUGAAGUACGAGGCGUUGAUGGAGAAGGUGCACGAAGAGCUUGAGCCGGUCGAGGAUUUGAGGGAAGUUGAGCAGUUUGUCGAUCAUGCGAGAGAUAUGGUCAGGAGUGUCCAGUUUGGGACCAGGAGUGUGGCGAGACGCGCGAAUGCGGUUGUUAAUGCUGCCAGUGACCUCCACGAGUCCGCCGCCCUCCUCUCCCAAUCCCUCUCAACUCUUCCCUUCCUUCCCUCCUCGCACGCCGCCGCCUUCGCAACCUACGUCCGCACCCUCUGCCCUUCGCAAUCUUCCCCGUACCAAACCUUCUUUUCCUCCUUUCUCGCCCUCCACGCCAACAUCGAAGCCAUCCUCAAAGCCCUUGCCCGGCCGCCGCAGACAAUCGCCCGCAUCGCGGCUAUUAGACGUGAUGCCGAGCGCGCCUCGGCGAGAUCCUCUACUGCGUCGCUCAUCGCCGGCGGGGGCUCCUCCUCCCCAACUCCAUCCACCGGUGAAGGAAGCAGAUCCCGCUGGCCUUCUCUCGUAACCUCCUUAUUCGAUGGCGUCUCCCUCACCGCGGUAGCCGGCACCUCCUCCUCUUCUUCCCCGUCAAGCCCUAACCCCAAUAGCAACGACCCUAACCUCGGACCAACAACGAGGCAAUCUCGCGCCGCCGCGCGCGCAGCCCGCUCCCUGAACGAAGCGGAACGCUUAGCCCGCGAGCUGCGGUAUGCGCAGCAGACUGUGGCGGGCGAACUGGCUGGGUGGAGGGAGAUGCAUGAGCGCAUGGGGAGGAGAGCGAUCAGGGAGUUGGCGAGGGGGGUGUUGAGAGAGGAGAGGGAACGGCUGAGGGGGCUGGAGAGGGCGUUGAGGGCGGUUAGGGAAGGUCUGGUUUUUCCGGGUAUAGGAGGGAGAGAAGGGGAAUUUGGGAUGGAGGGGGUUGGGGUUGGGGUUGGGGUUGGGAUGGAUGGGGGGGAGGGUGCCGGUUGGCUUGGUGCCAAAACCCCCAGCGCUGAACAACUCACUCUCACAGCCGGCAAGAGAUGGGAUGGACUGAACCUCGCCUCGUAG